UUUUCUGUACCAUAAAAUUGAGAAUGUAUAAAUUUUGAAUAACGCGUUAUAUAUAUAUAUAUAGGGUAGGGUAGAAUAGAUAUGAUUAGAAUAUGACAUAUAUCUAUAAUGAUUCGAAUAUAUAUUGUUCAUCUAUAGUAACUCAUGAUGCCAGUCAAAUUGAUUUCAAUCAAGUUUAUCCCUUAGCAGAUUUAUAUUAUUGUCAUGUUUGUAAAUCACCCAAAUCAAAAUAUCAAUGCUCAUAUGAAAUCAUAUCGAAAUAUUGUUCCAAUUGUUUGAUUGAUUAUAAUGGAGAUGGUGAUAAUCAUCAUUGUUUGAAGAAUUGCUUUGAUUGUCCAAAAUGUAAAGUGGUGGUCGGUAUUACUAUGAAUAAUCAUGAUGAAAAUGGGAAAUCAUUCAGUUUUAAUUGUAAAUUUUGUCAAUUUAGUUAUACUACUAAAGUUAUUGAAAAGCCGAAAUCAUUAAUAUCAAUCAUAACUCAAGAAAAGAAGAAUGAUCAAGAUUAUUAUGCUAAAGUGUAUGAUCAUGUAAGGAGUCUGGUAUUGGAGACACAACCACAGAAAUCAUUAGAUGAAUUAAAAGUGAAGAACUUAAACUUAUCAACAACGAAAUCAAAGGUACAGAAAUCAUCAUAUGACAUUGAUCCUAUAUCAGAUGAUAUAACGAAUCAAUUAUCCCAUCAUAAAUACACCCAUGGGUCAAAGUCCCUCCAUGAUACAUCAAAUCAAUGGCAUUCAAAUGAGUAUAAAUUCCCUCUUCCAAAACCAUUAUCAAUUAAAUAUUCCUUAAUAUGUCAAGAUUGUCAUACCCCAUUAUUACAACCUAAAGUGAUAGAGAAUCAACCUACUUUAAUCAAAUACUCUAUCAAAUCAUAUGCCAAGGAUUAUUUACCGAUUGUGAAAUUAACCAAAUCUCAUAAAUUCAAUCAUGUAUAUUUACUUAAUUUUAUAAAUCCUAUGACGACGAAAUGUCUGAUUACAAUAUCUACCCCCACUACUAUCCCAUUAAGAUUCAUAACUCCUAAGGAUAAUGAUAGAGACAUACAGAUUACAUUACCGAUUAACAAGUUUGUAAUAGGAGCAAAUUUGAAUAAGAAUAUAGUGAAGAAUAUCCCAACAUCAUUAUUAACAGAUCAUACCUCGGCGUCUCUUGCUGAAUUGAUCAGUAGAAACAAAGCCGAUCAAUUAACUCAAAACAUUGCAGGUGAUAAUGGAGACGAAGAAGAAGAAGAAGAAGUUCAACUUGAUUUUACCCAAUUAGUGGAUUAUGGAAGUAAUUGGUAUACUGUUCCAAUUCAUUUACUUCAAAUUACUAAAUUAAGAAAUAAUAAUGCGAAAAAAAUUAUAACGGUAAAAAUUCCAUUAUUUAUAAAUUUAAAAAGUUAUCAGAAUAAGGAAGUUUAUAAAAACGGUAAUGAUCUUACCCCAAAUUUCGAAAUUGGUUAUUGGAAUUUAAUUAAUGUAAUUUUAUAGAUAUGUAUAUAAAUAAUAUUCUAUUUAUGGUUGCUUGCAAAAAAAUUUAAGGCAUGUUAAAGUUCGCAACUUUAUGUAAAAAUUUGUUAUAUUUACCUUAUAUUGAUAUGGGAAAAUCCUUUCUUGUUAUGUAUUUAAAGGACUUGAAUCCAUCAUUGAUGGAUAUUGAUAUUGUUCUUUUUCAUAGUUUUCUUCUUCUUCAACUAUUUCAUGGAGAAUGGGUACAUAUAAUAGUAACAUGAUAAAACGAGAAUUUCCUCACAAAGUUCAUACCAGGCACUUGCCCGUAUCCAUUCAUAAAUCCCAUGCUAUUAGA